AUGUCCUCACCAAACCCUGGCCAGCUCUCCUCGGGCUCCCUCCCUCCAAUUACCCGCUACAUAACGGGCCACAACAGCGACGGCAAAGCCAUCGUCCAGUCGUCCAACCCCGCAGAAUGGUCCCCGUUUGAGCACAACACCAUGGCUUUCACGGUCGCCUACACGACGUCAUCCUUCCCCGCAGACCUUAACAACGACGCCGACCUCAAAGAGCAUGAGCGGAUUGCCUCCUCCGGCCAGCUGGGGCUCGUCAACCCGAACGGAACAGUCUGCAGAGUCGUGGACUUCGCGCCAAAGUCGCGGCCGCUUAUGCAUCGGACACAGAGCCUUGAUUAUGGGAUCGUGCUUGAGGGCGAAAUUGAGAUGCAGCUGGAUUCUGGAGAGAGGAAGUUGCUGAGAAAAGGGGAUAUUGCGGUGCAGAGGGGGACCAUGCAUGCUUGGCAUAAUCCGAGUGAGACACAGUGGACGAGGAUGGUGUUUGUCUUGCAGGAUUGUAAGCCUCUUGUUAUUCAGGGCGAGAAGCUCGGUGAGGAUUUGAGCCAGGCGAAGACGGAUGAUAUUAAACCUUCUCGUUAG